GUUUGUGUGUGGGGCCAGUCCCGUUACCGCUUUACUCUGCGUGUGUCUUAUAUUACAGCAAUGCUGCCUGCACAUCAGUGGCCAGAGAGGGGAGAAGGGAGGAAAAGCCUGUUUACACAGACUGCAAACCGCCUGGGGAAUAAUGCAGGAAAGGAAGUGAGCCGGCUCUCUGUCUGACUGCUCUAACUUCCUGCUCUCUCUCUCUCUCUCUCUCUCUCACACACACACACACACAUUUCGCGCACACACACUAACGAGGGGGGGGGGGGGGAAGGGAGAAAGAAACAAGGGGAAAAAUCAGGAUCUCAUUACAAGAGCAACAGAGCGUUUUAGAGGACUGUCAGCAUGGAAAACCGGGGGAUUCUACACAGCUCUCUUUAAAACGGCGAGAAGAGACUGGCGAGAAGCCCACCAGACCAGGGGCUGGGGCACUGCUGUAUCCUGUUUGUUCUUCAGGGAUCUAAUGUCCUGUCUCCUGUUCCACAGUUUUGAGUUUUCUUCUUCUGAAGAAUCAGAGGUUAUUUAUUCUGUGAGGGCCUCAAAGUUAUGCAGCAUAUCUUCUAUGACACUUGUUUCUGGUAGUGAUUCUCAUCCACUGGGCUUGUUCCUUUGUUUAUCUUCCUUAUGGAAAAUUGUUUCUGUUGAAGCAUCUACUUUGUUUCAUCUGGCAUGGAGAGUGCAAUCACACUGUGGCAAUUCCUGUUGCAGUUGCUUCUUGAUCAGAAGCAUGAACACCUGAUUUGUUGGACGUCCAAUGAUGGUGAAUUUAAGUUACUUAAGGCAGAAGAAGUGGCUAAGCUGUGGGGACUCAGAAAAAACAAAACUAACAUGAAUUAUGAUAAACUGAGCAGGGCUCUGAGAUACUAUUAUGACAAGAACAUUAUCAAGAAGGUGAUUGGUCAGAAGUUUGUGUACAAAUUUGUUUCUUUCCCGGAAAUCUUAAAGAUGGAUCCUCAUGCUGUGGACAUCAGCAGGGAAAGCCUUUUGCUGCAGGACAGCGACUGCAAGAUACCUCUGGAGAGCAGAGAACAGCAUAAGCAUGGUCUCCCAGUCUUGAAAGGCACAAGCCGCAACGAAUACAUUCAUUCAGGGCUGUACUCAUCUUUCACCAUCAAUUCCUUACAAAAUCAGCCAGAAACUCUCAAGCAAAUUAAAACAGAAAAGCUGGAGGAGAAAUUGGAAGAAGUCACACCUCUGGAAGAAGUCCGGACUGUUAUUAGAUUUGUGACAAACAAAACAGAGAAACAAGUCAUGAGGCCUGUUGUGUCAUUGCCAUCUACAUCUGAAGCAGCAAAUACGUCUACAUUUUUAACAUCCUCUGUCUCUGCAAAAAUAUCAUCCUUAAUGUUGCCCAACACAACUAGCAUAUCCUCAGCUUCAUCAACUUCCUCUCGAUCACCAUCUCUGUCACCUAACUCACCCCUUCCCUCAGAACACAGAAGCAUCUAUCUGGAGUCUACUUACCAGGAUUCAGAUUCUCUUGAGCCAUUGAAUCUUUCUUCAGGAUCCAAAGUAAAAUCUCCUUCUCUUCCUCCAAAGGCUAAGAAACCCAAAGGCUUAGAGAUCUCUGCACCUCCAAUGGUUCUUUCAAGUACUGACCUUGGCUCUAUUGCCCUCAAUAGCCCUGCGCUUCCCUCAGGAUCCUUGACCCCUGCUUUCUUCACCGCACAGACUCCAAAUGGGUUACUGUUGACCCCAAGUCCACUGCUUUCUAGUAUUCACUUUUGGAGCAGCCUCAGUCCUAUUGCUCCCUUGAGUCCUGCCAGACUGCAAGGACCAAACACCUUGUUCCAGUUUCCAACUCUGCUAAAUGGUCACAUCCCAAUGCAAAUCCCCAGCUUGGAUGGGGCCUCUUCUCCAGUUCUCCUUUCUCCAAAUGCUCAUAAAUCCUGAUGUCUCAACAAACUGGGGACUCACUAAUAAACUGGAUUUGACACAGCCAUUCUGAUGGGUUUCAUUUUUCUGGUAACGCCAGGAGGACAUGAUGAAACUCUUUUACUAUGGUUUGCACUUUCCAUUACACAAAUGACCUACUUGUAUGGUGUUUAUUUAGCAUUUUUAUACAUUGAGGGUUUUUUUUGUAUAAGAAAUCUUUUGUGCAUUAAAACAACUUAUAAUUUUUAUAUCCUGCUCUCCAAGUGUUGAACACUGUUAAUGAAGUUAUCUUUAAUACAUUUCUAAACAAUAUGUAAAGGAUGUGAAAUGUUUUACUUCUGUACUUCUGUGUAUUAUGCAUCCUGCUUGUAUAAACUAUAACCGGCUGUGCCUUCUUUUGCAUAAUGUUAUAUAAAUGAUUUAUAUAUUUUCCAGUAUUAAGAUUAAGGUUGGAAAGAACCAAGUAUUGAACACUUUUCUCCCCAUCCUAGUAUUCCAGUAUUCCCCUUAUGGUCAGCCAUGUGGUGCAGUAUAUUCAUGUAAUUUUGAAUUAAGCGCUUUCCAAAUAUAUAAAGAAUAUUUUUGUUUACUUCCUGAACUGACAGGCCAUAAUAUUUUGACCUGUGGGUUAAGAAUAGAACACUAUUUAGACAUUAGUGCUUGAAUUCUUCUGAAACAGUAAUAUGGUCUUAAAAUACUUGCAACAUAUUUUAGGGGCAUUUUUUAAAUUGGAGGGAAUAACCUUAUUCAGUGCCACUAUCUUUGUAUAUAAAGCCGAUUGUUAAAAGAGAUGUCAAUCUAAAAUUUAUUUUUGUGAACAGGUAAAAUUCUCACGUGCUUCUUAUCAGGGAUGGAGAAAAAGUAUCUCCAGUGGUGCAUGGACCAAGGCUUUAAGACUUCAACAUUUUUGAUUUUUCAAAAAAUAUUUUAGUAAUUCUUACAAAAAUGAAAGUCUAAAAAGAUGACAGGUGCCUCUCCAUACCUGGGAAAUAAAUACCAUAAUACCCAGAAUAAGUUUUCAGUGAUUUUUCUCUCCUCCCCCGCAACCCCCUUUGUACUAACCUUAUAUUGAAUAUUGUGAUUAAAAAUUAUCCAGAUUCUUGGUCUCUUUAGUAGGCUAGAAUUCUGAA